AUGGUUGCCAAAGCGUUUGGUCAAUUUGAACCUCAGGAAAGUUUCAGAAAAGUGAGAUACUGUCAAGUGUCAACAAGACCGUCGAAGAACGGUAAGAUACUGUCAACCCCUUUUCCGCGCCGUAUCUCCACGGAACCAUCGCGGCACCAGCAACCCCUCCUUCCGCGUCGGUUCGGCCGCCCGCCAUCCCCUCCAUAUAUAAAUUAUGCACUCGACUCUCACUCUCGGAGCAAUCCACUUCCCAUUCAGACAUUUUCACAAACACCUCCAAGGCCAGGAACUGAAAGCCUCGAGCGCUCUCCAUGGAGGCCGAGUCGUCGCCGUUCGAGAGCAGCGAGUGCUGGCGACUUUCUUGGCGUCGACGCCCUUCUUGUAGGCGUCGUGGAGGCUGUGCAGCUCCGUGAACUCCGCCGAUCCAAGGAUCUUCGUGGCGGACCGACGCGGCGAGGUAGGGUACCUGGCGUUCUCCGGCUUCCAGGCGAUCGACGGGUCGGAGCCGAGCUGCGGGACCCUGAUGGUGCUGGGCGAGCUUGGAUGCGAGCAUCUGUUCUUGCCGUUGAGCUGCGACGGCGAGGGGACGGUCAAGGUGGACGCCGGAUUCCUCCGUCUCUUCCUGGAAUUUCACCAGCGACAGGAUUUCCAAAGUCAGAAAGCAGAAUAGCAAAUUCAUCUGAGAGCAACAGAGAUGCAUCAACUAUCAAGGUUUUUCUUCAGAAGAACCUUUUUUCUUUUUUUUGGUUGAACUUACCAGUCACAAAGAGCAGGACAGUCUUGUCAGAUUGUGCAUGACCGCUGGAGACCGUUUUGAGAGAUUAAGCUGGUACAGUGGAUAUAUCCAUCGGUCAGUUGUUGGACAACACUAAAGUACUAAUCUAGGUUAUCCGUGUCCUUCACAUAUCACAUUCCUGGGCCAUGUGUUGAAAAUCUAGAUGUAGUCUUUUUACAGAGCCAUUAUUGUAUCGUAGUUUGUAGCGGUAAACUGUCGAUAUAGUAGUCUCCACAGUCCUUUCAUUUUUUUGGGAAGUCAAUUGACAUUAGUCAUGCCAGCAUAUUUGAAUUAAAAAAUAAUUGCCCUUGGUUCAUGCAUGUAUUAAGUUCUCCUCAAUUCUUGCUUUCCAUCUGAGAGUAAAAAACCCAAAAUCCCUAAAGCAUUGAGCUGCUUUUUGU